GGGUCAUCGGUGCACACAUCAUCUGGAAACAUGGAGGGUAAUUCAAAUGUCGGUAUAGGAUUAGACUUUCGUGGUGAAUCUUCUACGCGUAAAUUAUCCUCCGUAAACGUUAACAGCGAAUCGCAUCUUGCCUCAGAAUCGGUAAGUAACACCACGAGAGGUACUUCUGUCUAUGGAGAAUCAUCGGGAAGUUUUGGAAGCGCGUCGAAUUUCGAUUCGAACUCUGAUUCUCGUGAAUGGUCAACCGGUGAUAAUCGUGCGUCCACCAACAACAGGGAAUAUUCGAGUAAUAAUGGUUGGGGAGCAACAUCAAACACGGAUUAUAACGCCGGUAUUUACGGUAGUCGGUCGGAAAUGAAAUCUCAAGAGGGAAAGUUGUUGCAAGAUAACCGAGGCAGUGCCGGAAUAAAUUGGAACGCGAAUCAAGGUGGAAGUUGGCUAAGGACCGGCACAGGUGGGCUGCAGGGAGGCAAAAACUCGACGAGUUUCCAUGAGUCGGAGAGGAGCCACGUGAUCAACACCACGUGGGACAGUAGUGGUGGCUCGCCGAAAACGUACUUGAAGAAUCAAUGGCGCACGAACGACGAUGGCUACGUGCGGAACGGGAGUUCGACGCAUGUCGAGGACGGAUUGUUGGAUUACCACGAGGCGAUCAAGAAAAUGAGCACUGGUGGUGUGACGAACGUCAUCAGCAACAUACCAGGUGACGACAGCGACUUAUCGGUCAGUUUGAGCUCGGCAACCGAGCGCCAGAAUCAAGGAUUCAGGCAGACAAAAAUGGACGAGUCAGAAACCGUGCAAAAGUGGAGAACCGUGGACGGAAAACUGUACAAGGUGAACAAUGUGGACGAUUGGAACUCGCUGAUAUCCAAAGGCGCAUCAACGGAGGUGUACGAGGCACAAGACUUCAGUCCACAAAAUUACAGAAAACCGAACAACAACAAAAAUAACAAUCCUCGUGACCAGGAAGUGGACGGAAAAUUCAAGUUGUACACUAGGUUCAAGAGAGACACGCAGAUGAAAAAAUGUGGUCCAACCCGUUGCGCCACAAUCAAAUGUAAAAUCGGUCCACUGUCCAAGGACCAGGAAGUUUGGCUGUCUUUCAGAUCCAGGGCUUGGGUUGACACUCUGAAAAAGGUAGCGCUGAACAGACCAGUAACACUGAGUUCUACAAUAUCGGCCAAAGUCACCAAACUCCCAUACAUCGGCAAGCCCGAUAGCAAAUUGACCCAAGUCAAAAGCCACGAAGUGUUCACACAAGCUAUUCCUAGAGAUGUUGUUGUAAAACCAGACAUCAUCCCUCUGUGGAUCGUUGUCUUAGCCGCUGUAGCCGGCACUGCCAUUUUAUUAUUCUUAGUGUACCUCCUUUAUAAGUGUGGAUUUUUCAAACGCAAUCGACCAUCUAACGCACCAGAAAAACAACCUUUAACACAUAGAAAUGGACAAUCUGAACUCUAUCAAACAGGAGAUGAAGCAUUAUAAGAACCAUUAGUCUACUUAGCUAAAACAAAAAAAAAAUUAAAUAUGAUUGAA